GAUGGAGUCCUAGGGAGCUGACUGCUCCCCAGUUUCCGUAGGGAAGCGCCGGGCUACCACAGCUAUUGUGCGUAGCGUUGUCGCCCUCCUCUUCCCGCUGCCUGCUGCCGUGUUGUUGGAGGAAAGCAACGUUUCCUUGCCGCUGGGCUUAACUCUCUAAGUGCCAAACCUCACUUCACGAUGGCUCCCGGGAACCAGUAGGCGGUCUCUGCAGCUGCCGAGUUGUGGGCGACGAGCCCUGAAGACCCGAGGAAGACAUCCGAAGGGAGCCCGUGCUCUCGUUCGGUCUUGGGGUUAGGGCUCGGCCAGCGUGAAAAGGUGGCAUUGGCUUUAAGAAGGGGGAGGGGAGGCGUAGUCUGCCUCUCUUGGGGAGCCGGGGAAGGAAACCUCGGCUGGCUUGGGAGCGCAAAGAGGCGGCCCCUGCGCCCGCGCUCUCCCCGCCUCUACCCUGGGACGCCCGGGACACAGCGUUGUGCUUUGGGGAGACGAUGACCAGGGGGCGUGCUGCUCCCUAGGCUGCACCCUGCCGGCGUCAGAAGGCGUUGGUAAGCACUCCUGGUCACCCGCAACCACCAUCGGACUACGCUCCAGCUACACACCAGCAGGCGCUCCCAAGAGUUUCAUUGGAACAGUCCCUCCGCUAUCCUAAUCAUGGGGCAUCCCCCGCUGGAGUUUAGCGACUGCUACCUCGACAGCCCCGAUUUCCGCGAGAGGCUCAAGUGUUAUGAACAGGAGUUGGAGAGGACCAAUAAAUUCAUCAAAGACGUGAUCAAAGACGGCAGCGCGCUUAUCAGCGCUAUGAGAAAUUACUCUUCUGCGGUUCAGAAAUUUUCCCAGACACUCCAGUCAUUUCAAUUUGAUUUCAUUGGAGACACGCUGACCGAUGAUGAGAUUAAUAUAGCGGAAUCAUUCAAGGAAUUUGCUGAAUUGCUCAAUGAAGUAGAAAAUGAAAGAAUGAUGAUGGUACAAAAUGCUAGUGACUUGCUGAUCAAACCCCUGGAAACUUUUCGGAAGGAACAAAUAGGUUUCACAAAGGAGAGGAAGAAGAAAUUUGAAAAGGAUGGUGAAAGGUUUUACUCGCUACUGGACCGCCACUUACAUCUGUCAUCCAAAAAGAAGGAAUCUCAGCUCCUAGAGGCGGACCUACAAGUGGAUAAGGAAAGGCACAAUUUCUUCGAAUCAUCUCUUGACUAUGUCUAUCAAAUUCAGGAAGUCCAGGAGUCAAAGAAGUUCAAUAUUGUGGAGCCGGUCUUGGCCUUCCUUCAUAGCCUCUUCAUUUCUAACAGCUUAACUGUGGAGCUCACACAGGAUUUCCUGCCGUACAAACAGCAGCUGCAACUCAGCUUACAGAAUACAAGAAAUCAUUUCUCCAGUACCCGGGAGGAGAUGGAAGAACUUAAGAAAAGGAUGAAAGAAGCCCCUCAGACAUGCAAGCUUCCAGGACAGCCAACCAUUGAAGGCUAUCUCUAUACACAGGAGAAAUGGGCCCUGGGGAUAUCCUGGACGAAAUACUACUGUCGGUAUGAGAAAGAGACCAGGAUGCUCACCAUGAUACCAAUGGAACAGAAGCCAGGUGCUAAGCAGGGACCUGUGGACUUAACUUUGAAAUACUGCGUGAGAAGGAAGACAGAGUCAAUUGACAAGAGAUUCUGUUUUGAUAUAGAAACUAAUGAAAGACCUGGAACCAUCACUCUGCAGGCGCCUUCUGAAGCCAAUAGAAGGCUAUGGAUGGAAGCCAUGGAUGGGAAAGAACCUAUCUACCACACUCCUAUAACAAAACAGGAAGAAAUGGAGCUGAAUGAAGUGGGGUUCAAGUUUGUUAGGAAGUGCAUCAAUUUUAUUGAGACCAAAGGGAUCAAGACAGAAGGGCUGUACCGUACCGUGGGCAGCAACAUCCAGGUUCAGAGGCUGCUCUAUGCCUUUUUUGAUCCAAAAUGUCCAGGGGAUGUCGAUUUCCAUAACAGUGACUGGGACAUUAAGACAAUCACAAGCUCUUUAAAAUUCUACCUCAGGAAUCUCUCAGAACCUGUCAUGACUUAUAAGCUCCAUAAAGAACUCGUCUCUGCUGCCAAGGUAGAUAACUUGGACUACAGACCUAGGGCACUACAUGAAGUUGUAUGGAAAGAACAAAAGAAGAAAAAUGCAUCAUUUUCAUUGUUUUCUUUUUCUUCUGGCAGUGUGUGUGAGCACAGCAAAGAGAAUCUUAUGACACCUUCCAAUAUGGGUGUGAUCUUUGGGCCCACCCUGAUGAGAGCUCAAGAGGACACUGUGGCUGCCAUGAUGAACAUCAAAUUCCAGAACAUUGUGGUAGAAAUCCUGAUUGAACACUUUGGCAAGAUUUAUUUAGGUCCACCCGAAGAUAGCCAGGUACCUCCAGUGCCUCCACCUCGAGUGACAGCAAGAAGACACAAACCAAUCACAAUCUCAAAGCGCUUGCUGAGAGAAAAGACUGUGUUCUAUACUUCUUCCCUGGAUGAAAAUGAAGAUGAAAGUCACCAUCAAACUCCUAAUGGUACAAUCACUAGCAACCUGGAUCCCCCCAAGCUACUACAGCACCUCAAACUACCCAUGCAAAAAAGUGGGGAAACUGACCCUGGAAGAAAGUCCCCAAACAGACCUGUUUCUGACUGUCAAUCGGAGUCCUGCCUAGAGACAGAUGUGGGGAAGUUGUUAUUUAGGUUGCAGGAUGGAGGGGCCAAGGCUACUCCAAAGGCCUCCAAUGGACCUGUUCCAGGCUCUGGACAUACAAAGACCUCCUCUUUCCAUAUAAAGAGACCAGCUCCCAAGCCAGUGGGUCACCACAAGGAAGGAGAUACUGACUGUUUCAGCAAAGUCCGGCCCCCAGGAGAAAAGCAAACAAUCAUCCGUCCUCCAGUGAGGCCCCCAGACCCUCCUUGCCGGUCCAUCACUCCACAAAAGCCAGAGCCAAAGCCAGAAACAGUGUCUGGCAAUGCAGAGGAAAUCCCAUCAUCCGUGGUGGCAUCUAGGACCAGAUUCUUUGAAACAGCUUCCCGGAAAACUGGAAGUUCUCAAGGAAAACUUCCUGGAGAUGAGAGUUGAGGCCACAGGUUUGAAAGGACUUGGCCUUGAGGGACCCUUUUUUGGAUGGCAAAGGGUCUACUUCAAACCCUUGUGAGCUAUUGGUGCUGAAGAGCAGCUCUUUCGGGCCUUGAAGGGUUCAGUGUCUGGGAAACCUAUAAAAUAAGGAACACAUGUCUUAGGCACGUGUUUGUUUCUGCUUUGUAUUCUGUCUUCAUCUCCCCAGAAUUUCUGUGUGUGAGCAAUUCCUAGGACACUGGAUGGCUGGAUUCUCUCAAGCUCCAAGCUCUACAGAAGUGAAAAUAUCCACUGAUCUGUAUCGAAGAAUAGAGCCUAGUUUCCCAAUCUUCUCUGAACAGCUUGUUUCCGCAAAAGUCAUUGGAUUCUGCAUGAGUUAGGUCUAAAGACUGUUCUUAGGGGGUCUUACCCUGAUCUAAAGAGUUGGGGCCAUUGUUUACCUUAUUUGGAAGGGGGGGUAGGAACGUUAGCUGAAUAUUGGAGAAUUGUAUCAUGUUUCUUUCCAAGGAUGUGGAUGCUGACUAAUUCCAGAUUGGUGCCCUGGUACAUGUUACUGAAAUCCAGAGGGGCUAAACCGCAUGAAUAAUCCCACCCAGUGUCCUUCCCCAGUACGGGCUUAGGAAGAUAAACUUCUCUCUUUGCUUCCAGCCUCUGAGGACAAAUCUGCUAAGCAUGUUUUGCAUGUCAAAGCCUAGAUCUGUCUGGAUUUUCCUUCUUCCUAGUUUCUCCCAAUAACUUCCUUUCCAGCAAUCAACAAAUAAAACAGAACAGAAAACAUUUCUGUUAAAAAAGGGGGGGAGGAGUCAAAUGUUAGGAAAAAUUAAGAUUGACUGAGUCCAAGGAAUUGUUGCUCUUGCUUCUCAUUUGCCUCCAGCUUACACGAUCUUUUAUUCGCCCCCCCCCCCCGAAAAAAUAAAAAUAAACAAACAAAGCCACAAACAAAUGAAACCAGAUCUUAUGGUGCUUAUGGAUUCUGGAACUCAGGAUGCCCCCAAGAUGACAUAUACAAUGCCAUCAGGGUAAUGCCUUUUCUGAGCAGAUGGUUCAUAACAUUCUACUGAAUUUCAAAUAGGACUGCAACCCAAUAAAGGUUAAGAACCACAGUCUUUGAGAUAAAAGACUCUUUACAGCCCAUAAAGAGUUGGAUUAGAAGGAACUUUCAAAAGCAUUUAUACUAACAACAGCUUAGUUUACAUGAAGAGCAAGUUAGUGACCACAGCAGGACAAGAUCCCAGGUGUCUGAGCUCCUACAUAAGGUUCUUUUUAGUACACCACAUUUUUCUAGGAAGGGGCCUUGUAGGUGGUGACUUUAAUGGCCCUUUUGGGAGGUAUUGGCUUUUAUCCUCUUUCUAGAGCCUCUCAUAUUUGCCAGCAAGUAGGAAAUUUCAAGAUGCAAGCCCCUGGUCCCUUUGAUUCCUGCUGGAGUCAUUGAAAGUGCACUAAAGCAAAAGCAGUGCAGUAAGAAGGACUCUGAGGAACAGACAGUUUUGAACCCUAAUGCUUCUGUUUCUGUGCAGAUGCCUGGGCCACA